AUGAUCCUAAGCCAGAGUGAGGGGCCAGGGGUGGAGGGUGGAGGCCCAGGGCUGGGCGAGGAAGUCCCCAAGAAAAAGCACCGGAGAAACCGCACGACCUUCACUAUGUACCAGCUGCACCAGCUGGAGCAGGAGUUCAAGGCCUUCCAUUACCUGGACGUGUACAGCCAUGAGGAGCUGGCAGCCAAGGUGCACCUGCCAGAGGUGCUAGUGCAGGUAUGGUUCCAGAAUCGCCAGGCCAAGUGGCACCACCAGGAGCAGUUAGAGUCCAGCUCAGAGGCUCUGGCAGCCCAGAAGCUCCCCAAGGCCCCAGACCUGCCAUUUGCCCACCCUCUGGACAUGUCGCUGCCCCUGGAGGCCUGGGCUUCAGCUGCUCCAGCUGCUGGCCAAGGAGCACGGGCAGGCCCUAGAGGGAGCCUGGCCACUGGCCUGAGACUGGGCCCGUCCAGCUGCACUCCUUGGUCCACACCCAGGGCCUGGAACAUGCCUGAGUGA